AUGGAGGAAACCAUGGAAGCAUCAAUGAGAGUGAUCAUGUCAUGGGAUUACGAAACCUCCGAUAUAUGCCCCAACACAUCACUCUUUAACCAUCAUAGCCGCGAAGAAGUACUCGAAUUCAUGCGAGCCGUUAAAGACCUUCACGCAGCCCUCCAAUACUUCUCCGGCGCCUCAAACUUCUCCUACCAUUAUCCUUCGCACAAGAAGAUAGUCUCGUGUCAAAACUUGCUUCGUAUAGCUAAAAAACGCUUGAGCACCGAAUUUUUUUCGCUCCUUAAGGCCAAUAGUAAGCAUCACAUUGCUUAUUAUUCCGUUGUUGAGGGGGGUCACUCUAUAUUCUCGUCGAGUGACCCCUCAUCAGGGUGUAACAAUAACAACAACAACAAUGACUUAGCCGUUUUCACCGUGUCUAAAAAUAAUUAUCAUGAAGACUCGACCACGGAGGAGGCGUCAACUAUGGCCGACCUUAAGUUGAUCGCGGAUUGCAUGAUGAGUGCCGGGUUUGGGAAGAAAUGCCUUAAGAUAUAUAAGCUUACGAGGCGGUCUUUCGUCGAGGAUGCCCUACUUAAGCUAGGUGCACGUAAGUUGAAGAAAUCACAAGUUCAGAAACUAGAUUGGGAGACUAUUGAUGCUAAAAUGACUAAAUGGUUGAAUUCUAUAAAAAUUUGUGUGAAAAUAUUUUCCCAUGAGAAGAAUCUUUGUGAACAUCUCUUUUCUGCGUGUACCUUGCCAUCCGUUACAGAAUCAUGUUUUUCGGAUGUUUGUAAAGAGUCUGUCCUAAUUUUACUUCGAAUCCCUGGAAAACUUGCAAAACACGCAAAGAAAUCUCCUGAUAAAAUCUUCAAGUUCCUAAUCCUCUACGAGGGGAUGUCCAAGAAUACCUCGGAAAUCGAAAAGAUUUUCUCGUCAGAGUUCACCUCAGUUGUUCGAUCACAACUGAGGUCCUCUAUAGGACGAGUAACUGAAGCCGUGAAAUCAAUGGAAGCAGAUUUUGAGGCACAUGUGUAUAAAGACUCCUCAAAGGGCGUAGUCUCUGAAGGUGGGAUCCACCCCCUGACCAAAUAUGAAAUGAACUACAUGGUCAAUCUUUCUAACCAUGCCUCUGCAUUGGAUAAAGUUCUCGCAGAUUAUCCAGUAAGCCUGCAAUCACCGUUACCAGAAAGUUAUUUUGAAGGUGAAAAAAUGUCGUCUCCCGUGGCAUUACAUUUUGCUUGGUUAAUAUUGAUAUUACUUGGUAAGCUAGAUAGUAAGUCGGAGCUUUACAAAGAUGCAUCUCUUUCAUACCUUUUCUUAGCAAAUAAUCUUCAAUAUGUUGUAACAAAAGUAAAGUCUACCAAACUAUAUAACGUGUUAGGGGAAAAAUGGGUAAACAAACAUUCCUCUAAAGUGGUACAAUAUGCUGCUAACUAUGAAAGGAUGGGGUGGGGUAGAGUGAUAUCUUCAUUACCAAAAGAUCUAACGGUGGAGAUUUCUCUUGAUAAAGUCAAAGAAUGUUUUAAGAGAUUUAAUGUUGAUUUUGAGGAGGAGUAUCGUAAGCAGGUGGAAUGGGUUGUACAGGAUUCAAAACUAAGAGAUGAGAUGAAAAAUUCAAUUAUUAGGAAAGUUGACGCGAGAUAUCGAAAGAUGUAUGAUAAAUAUAAAGUGGUUUUAGCAAAGAGUAGGGAGAAAGGAAAAAUAGAUUCUGUAGUCAAAUUUACCCCUGAAGAUUUGGAAAAUUACUUAUUAGAUUUAUUGGAUGGUUAUGAAGAGGACGACGUUGUUUCACCUUCUAUUGAAAGAGUUGAAAUGACGUUACAUGCUAGAAAAGAAAAUCCAGUUCUUCAACGACGUAGUCGACGUCCUCUUCUUUUGGUCCGUCAGCAUCAUCAUUAG